AUGGCUGCCGGCCGUGUGUGUGACCUCAGGGCGCUGGUGGCCAUCGUGUGCGGGCUGCUGACCACCAUCAUUUUCGGACUGAGCAUCUGGAUGGCUGUGGUCAAGAUCCAGAGAGGUAAUGCCUUGCCACUUCCUUCUACCCCCACAGAAAGCACUUUUAAAGGGGACUGCAGGAACGGUGGAACCUGGCAAAAUGGCGUAUGUCGUUGUCCAGAAGAGUGGAAAGGACUGAGAUGUACAAUAGUUAAUUUCUGUGGAAACAGUACCUAUGGGAAUUUUACUUUUGGCAAAAUUGCAGUGGGAAGAUAUGGGCCUUCCUUGGAAACAUGUGGCAAGGACACUCCAAACGCGGGCAGUCCAAGAGCAACCCGGCUGUGCAAUCUUACUGAAGAUGGAGAGAUAGAAUUACAAAAUGCGACAGAAGGAAAUUGCAGUAUAAAUCUGGAAAUCCUGGGAGAGGAGAUAGAUAGUAUAUCAACAAAUUCUUCAAUUAUUUCUAAAGAAGUCCAGAUUUUAACAUCUAAUACCGCUAAUUUAAAUGCUAAGAAAAUCACUUCUGCUACUAAAGUGGUUGGACAGAUCUUCAACACAUCCAGGAAUGCAUCACCUCAGGCAAAAAUAGAUGCUGUCACAACAGUGAGUCAACUUCUAGAUGCCAGUGAAAAGAUUUUUGAAGAAGCUGUUGAUAAAGAUGAAAAGGCCUUUUCAACGCUUAUUGCCGAAAUGGAGGAUUAUUCCUGGUCUUUGGGCAAUGAUUCAGUGGUGAACCCUAAUAUAGCAGUACAGUCUGUCCCUUUACGUCCGGAAGACACUGGGGGGUCUACAGGUGUUCUCUUCACUGUGAAGAGAGGAGCUAGCGAUUCUCUUUUCUCUGGUUCCACACAAGUAGAUACAGAGAAGGACGGUGUUCAUCCAGAUAAAAUGACUGAACUUCAGAUCUGGCUCAAUACAUCGAAAAGUAAUGCCAAGUCAUGUGGCUUUAUAGUGUAUCAAAACAGCAAGUUUUUCCAAUCAAAAACUUUUAAAAGUACAUUCAAUUAUAGUAUAAAAGUUAUCUCAAGCACAGCUAAUAACACUGGGAACAACCAGAAUGCUUCUGUCAAAAUGGUCUUUCGUCCACCGUACAUAGAAAAUAAAACCAAGGUCCAUUCCUUUGCCUGUGUCUAUUGGAAUUUUGCAAUUAAUGAUUGGGACACAGAUGGCUGUUUCAACGAUGGAGAGAGGGAUGGGGUGCUGUACUGCCGCUGUAACCACACUACAAAUUUUGCUGUGUUGAUGAGUUUUAAAAAGAAUUAUAAUUAUCAUGAACUACAGACAUUAUCCACCGUUGGAUGUGCGCUGUCCAUUACUGGUCUGACUCUCACAAUUAUAUUUCAGAUUGUCACCAGGAAAGUCAGAAAAACCUCAGUAACCUGGGUGUUGGUCAGUCUGUGCACAUCAAUGUUGAUUUUCAACCUCCUCUUUGUGUUUGGAAUUGAAAACGGCAAUAAGAAGAAUAAUGGUACCAAUAUUACUGCUUCUAAUGAAAAUAAAAUUCGCCCAGAAGAAAUUCUUGGGGACCAGAAUAGAAAGUGCACGGUGAUCACUGCCUUGCUGCACUAUUUUCUGUUAGUGAUGUUUACCUGGACUGGAAUCAGUGCAGUGCAGCUCUACUUCCUUCUGAUCAGGACCAUGAAGCCUCUUCCUCAACGGUUCACUCUUUACAUUUCUUUAAUUGGAUGGGGAGUCCCAGCUGUCAUGGUAGCUAUGACAGUGGGAAUUAUUUUUUCUCGGUAUUCUCCACAAUGGGAGCUAAAGUACCGGCAAGAAGAAAUCUGCUGGUUGGCAAUUCCAGAAAGCAAUGGGUUUGAAACAAAUCCAUUCUUGUGGUCAUUCAUUCUACCUGUGACCAUUAUCCUCAUCAACAAUGUUGUUCUAUAUAUUGUCAUUAUAGUCAAAGUGGUGUGGAAGAAUAACCAGAAUCUGACAAGCACAAAAAAGGUUUCAUUGCUCAAGAAGGUUUUUAGCACAUUAUCUAUUGCAGUCGUAUUGGGAAUUACCUGGAUCCUGGGAUUCUUUAUGCUAGUAUUUGAUGGGAAAGCCGGAGAGGCCUUCAGCUUCAUAUUCUGCAUUUUCAACACUACUCAGGGAUUGCAAAUUUUUAUCCUCUACACUGUCAGAACAAAAAUCUUCCAGAACGAAGCUUCCAAAAUGUUGAAGUUGCUGUCGUCAUCCGCUGACAGAGUGAAGUUGCUGCCAUCGGCAACCAGGAUGAGGCUGCGUGCGAGGAUGUAUAACAUGCUCAGGUCAUUGCCAGCCCUAAAUGAACGCUUUAGGCUGCUGGAGCCAGCUGUGGUUACCGAGGAAAUGACACUCUCUGAAAGUGACCAAGCAAGCAUAAGCAGCUAG